ACGUUCUCUAUGUAGUGAUGUCCGAAAGGUGGAAAUAACUGAGAGAACUACAUUACCCAGAACUUCUUCCGGUUGGAGCGGAAGUUGUUCGUGACGACCUUGGGUAUCUGCUGCAAGCAUGGCGAAUAAAGAGCCUAACAGGUUGCUCCAGAACCUGAAGGAUCUCGCCGGACGCAUGUCCUCUGGCUCAAAGGGUGCUGGACUCGGACUGAAGUUAUUAAUUGGAGCAGGAGCACUUGCUUAUGGAGUCAAAGAGGCCACAUAUACAGUGGAGGGUGGUCAGCGAGCAAUUGUCUUUAAUAGAAUUGGAGGGAUGCAGAUGGACACAGUCCUCUCUGAGGGUCUCCACUUCAGGAUCCCAUGGUUUCAGUAUCCAAUCAUAUAUGAUAUCAGAGCCAAACCAAGAAAAAUAUCAUCUUUAACAGGAAGCAAAGACCUGCAGAUGGUGAACAUCGCACUGCGUGUGCUGUCACGACCUGUGGCUUCCAACCUUCCUGUCUUAUACCAGCAGCUGGGGAAGGACUACGAUGAGCGUGUGCUGCCAUCCAUUGUAAAUGAAGUUCUGAAGAGUGUGGUCGCCAAAUUUAAUGCAUCCCAACUAAUUACGCAAAGAGCCCAGGUCUCUCUACUCAUCCGACGGGAUCUCUUUGAACGCGCUAAGGACUUCAACAUUAUUCUCGACGAUGUGGCCAUCACAGAGUUGAGCUUCAGCAGGGAGUACACAGCAGCUGUGGAGGCCAAACAAGUUGCCCAGCAGGAGGCACAAAGAGCUCAGUUCUUUGUGGAGAAAGCAAAACAAGAACAGAGGCAAAAAAUCAUCCAAGCUGAAGGAGAGGCCCAGGCAGCCAAAAUGUUAGGGGAGGCAGUCACAAAGAACCCUGGAUACCUUAAACUCAGAAGAAUCAGAGCAGCGCAGAACAUUGCCAAAACGGUGGCGGCUUCACAGAACAGGGUUUACUUGAGCGCAGAUAGUUUGGUUCUGAAUCUACAGGACGACUCUUUUAACAAUUUGUCUCUUGGAAAGAAGUAACCCAUUCAGAAGGCACUCUUAUUCCAGUUGUCAGAGGUUCUAUUACAAGUAACUGUAUUUGUGUCCUUUGAGAUGGCAUUUUCUGAUUGAGUCACAAAUGAAUAUGUCAGUCCGGGGAAAACUCAUUAAAUAUCUAAUGGUGUAGUGCCCCGGUUCGUCAAUUAAAUUUGACUCCGCGAUUUGCUGGUUAUCAAGACAUUGCAGUUUUGUGUUCAUUUUCAGCACAAUGAAUACAACGUACAACUGUACCAGAUCAUUUAAUUCUUUUCAACAUUGAUUGUUGUAACAGGAAAUGUGUCUUUAUGUUCUACAUAAGAUGAGCUCGAGGUUGGCUGAGAAAAAAUAAAUCCAUCCAUUUUCUUAGGAAUGAUUUAUGUCUUUUCCUGAAAAAUAACACAAACAAUUGUAUGUGUGACUCAAAAUGACAGCUAAUAAAAACUUUACUGUUUCCAAUCA